GAAACCGCCAAGGACCAAAACCCAAAGCUGCUCACUCUUCCCUUCUUUGUUAGGAUUCUCUCAAAUUUUUAUAGAAAUUGAUGGUGCCGUUUCGUAAAUAAAGAAAAAUGCUAUGCAUGUGGGAGCCACUUCAAUGCAGCGAUUUCUUAUGUGUGAUUAUCUUUAUUACUGCAUAUUGAAAUUUGAAUGAUCUAAGUUUCUUUUAAAGUUGACUGUUUAUUUCAUUUAAAAAAGGGGGAAGAACUACAAGUAUCAUGAAUACACAGUUCAGGUAUGUCUCUGUUAUCUUGAAUUUGACAAUGCGAAUUUCUUGAGAAAUUGAGAGAUACAAAACCCCUUCCUGGCCUGCCUUUUCUUCUCUACUUCUCAGUGCGUGUGCAAUAACUUCAGUUUCUGCUGUGACGUCUUCAAUCUUAAACUUAACACCCCACCUUCUCUGUUUUUCUCAAAUUCUCUCUUACUAUCAUUUUGCUCGCAAUCAAAUCAAAUCAUGGAACAGACAGACAAGCCCAAUGCUAAAAAGAAGUUCAUAACAAAAAGAAGAAGCUUCAGAGGCGGAGCUAACCCUCAUGAGCAUCAUCACUAUCAUCAGCAUCAGCUGCUACAACAAUACUCGACUCAGUUUGGGUUCUGCUACCAGAACGAGUAUCAGAGGUACCACCCGGCUCUUCUUCCUCUACCUUCUCUUCUACCGCUGCAACUAGCUUUGACGCCAUCGUUCACUCAAAACCAGACCGUCAAAUCGAAAACCCAUUCCCAGAAGUCUCCAUGCAAGCUGAAUAACUCUCCCUUUGCUGCCUCAUCUUAUAACAAAGUCUCAGCAGACACAGUUUCUCAUGCUCCCAAGGGGUCUCAUCAGCAAGCCACGGCGUCCCUUAAAGGAGAUGAUGGGAAGAAACUCAUACCUGCCGGAAAACCACAGCCAUUAGUUGCCGCAAGGAGGCCAGACUCCGGUGGCAAAGAGGGCUCUGCCAUCUCGCUCCUUGCCAAUCACUUUCUAGUGAAGUUCGAUUCAUCACAAAAAAUAUACCAUUACAAUGUUGAAAUUACUCCCAAUCCCUCCAAGCAAGUUGCCCGAGCAAUCAAAGAGAAGUUUGUUAAUAAUAAUUCUGCUGUGCUUUGUGGUGCUCUUCCCGCUUAUGAUGGGCAGAAGAAUCUUUACAGCUCUGUUGAAUUCCAGAAUGAUAAGCUUGAGUUUUACGUAAACCUGCCAAUCCCAGCGAGCAAGGGCUCAUCACCUGAUAGAGAAAUAUGUGACUUGAAAGAGAGGCAUGAACAGCUUAAACUGUUCCGAAUAAAUAUAAAACUAGUCUCUAAGAUCAAUGGGAAGGAGUUGGCAAAAUACUUGAGCAAAGAGGAAGAUGAUUGGAUUCCACUUCCGCAGGAUUAUCUCCAUGCCUUGGAUGUAGUUCUGAGGGAGAGUCCAACUGAGAAGUGUAUACCUGCGGGUAGGUCUUUCUAUUCAACAUCAAUGGGAAGAACCAAAGAGAUUGGGGGAGGAGCUGCUGGGUUGAGAGGGUUCUUUCAGAGUCUUCGACCCACUCAACAAGGACUUGCCCUCAAUGUUGACUUUUCUGUGACUGCUUUCCAUGAAAGCAUAGGAGUGAUUCCAUAUUUGCAGAAGCGUCUUGAGUUCCUUCGAGAUCUUUCUGAAAAGAAGACAACAAGUUUAACAGGUCAAGAGAAGAAAGAAGUGGAGAAGGCCUUGAAGAACAUCAGGGUCUUCGUUUGUCAUAGAGAAACUGUUCAGAGAUAUCGUGUCUAUGGCUUAACCGAGGAGGCUACUGAAAAUCUUUGGUUUACUGACAGGGAUGGAAAGAAUCUGAGGCUCCUGAGCUAUUUUAAAGAUCACUAUAACUAUGACAUACAAUUUAGUAAAUUGCCAUGCUUGCAAAUUAGUAGGAGCAAGCCAUGUUAUCUUCCUAUGGAGCUUUGUGUCAUCUGUGAAGGCCAGAAGUUUCUUGGGAAGCUUUCUGAUGAUCAAACUGCUAAAAUACUCAAGAUGGGCUGCCAAAGACCAAGAGAACGAAAAGCCAUCAUUGAAGGAGUCAUGAGGGGGCCUGUUGGGCCAACUAGUGGCAACCAGGAAAGAGAAUUCAACCUCCAAGUGUCAAGAGAAAUGACUCGUUUAUCUGGGAGAAUUCUCCAUCCUCCCAAGCUAAAACUUGGAAAUGGAGGUCAUGUGACGAAGCUGGUUCCUUCACGCCAUGACCGCCAGUGGAACCUUCUGGAUGGUCAUGUCUUUGAGGGAACUAAAAUUGAGCGGUGGGCAUUAAUCGGCUUUGGUGGUACACCUGAACAGAAGUCCAAAGUCCCUAGCUUUAUAAGCCAGCUAUCACAAAGGUGUGCAGAAAUGGGCAUUUUUCUUAACAAGGACACAAUUGUUGGGCCCCAUUUUGAAUCAGCUCAGGUGCUUAAUAAUGUCUCCCUUCUUGAAUCUAAGCUCGAGAAAAUCCAGAGAAGUGCCUCAAACAAUCUACAGCUGCUCAUUUGUGUUAUGGAGAGAAAACACAAAGGAUAUGCAGACUUGAAAAGAAUUGCAGAGACAAGUAUUGGGGUUGUGAGCCAAUGCUGCUUGUAUCCAAAUCUCAGUAAAUUAAGUUCACAAUUUUUGGCAAAUUUGGCUCUCAAAAUCAAUGCCAAAGUUGGUGGAUGCACUGUUGCCCUGUACAAUUCACUUCCAUGUCAAAUUCCACGACUCUUCAAGUAUGAUGAACCUGCUAUAUUUAUGGGUGCUGAUGUAACUCAUCCUCAUCCACUUGAUGAUCAUAGUCCAUCUGUUGCUGCCGUUGUUGGUAGCAUGAAUUGGCCUACUGCAAACAAAUAUAUAUCAAGAAUAAGGUCGCAAAAACACCGACAAGAAAUCAUCCAGGAUCUUGGUGCAAUGGUGAAGGAGUUACUAGAUGAUUUCUAUCAGGAGGUAAAGAAACUCCCGGGGAGAAUAAUUUUCUUUAGAGAUGGGGUUAGCGAAACCCAAUUCUACAGAGUUCUUCAAGAUGAACUACAAUCCAUCAAAGGGGCAUGUUCUAGAUUUCUUGGUUAUAAACCAUUCAUUACUUUUGUAGUAGUGCAGAAGAGGCAUCACACAAGGUUGUUUCCCUUUGAAACUGAUCAGUCAUCCACAAAAAAUCAUUAUGGUUAUGAGAAUAUCCCACCAGGGACUGUGGUUGACUCUGUGAUCACUCAUCCGAGGGAGUUCGAUUUUUAUCUUUGCAGCCACUGGGGCAUGAAAGGAACAAGCAGGCCAACUCAUUACCAUGUUUUGUGGGAUGAAAACCAGUUUACUUCUGAUGAACUCCAAAAGCUGGUUUACAACUUAUGCUAUACUUUUGUUAGAUGCACCAAGCCAAUUUCUUUGGUUCCUCCUGCUUAUUAUGCCCAUUUAGCUGCGUACAGAGGCAGACUCUACCUUGACAGGUCAGAUUCCUCUGCUUUGUCUAAAGGUAUCUCUUCACUAUCUAGACCUGCACCUCCAAAGACAGCUCCUCUUCCAAAACUUAGUGAGAACAUCAAGAAGCUCAUGUUCUACUGCUAAUUAUUAUAUUUUAUGUUCCUGCCAUGCCAUUUGAUGUAUAGCCACUUUCUUGUGAUAUCUGAGAUUGAGGCACCAGAAAAGUAGAACAGUAAAUGCAAGAUGGGAUUAGCGGAGCAUAAGAGUACAAUAGGCAUGUGAUGUAAGAUUUGAACUAUCUAAUCAUAUACAAGCUGUCCAAGGUCAAUUUCCAUGUUAUGAUACUUUCUUUUUUUGCUUUUUUUUUUACCAAAAAAAAAACUUGUGAAAACCCCAAAAGUAACUCCUAGAGUUAAGGACCAUUUAUCUGAUUUCAUUUGGUUCUUCUUUGAUUGAUUCUUUACUGUUGUGAUAUAUUUAUGGCCUUUCCUCUUUUAUCUUUCUGAAUCAGUGUAUAUAAUGAUGUAAAUACCCUUCAGUGGAUAUAUAGAUAUAAUGUAUUUCUCCAA